UCCGCCGCGGCAGCCAUGGGACCGCGGGAGCCGCGCCACCGGCUGGAGGCGGUGCUCGGCGCCCUCUACGACCUGGGUGAGGAGCCCGGCGGUGGCCGGCGCGCUGCAGAGGACGGCGAAGCGAGAGCUGUGCCGCCGACAGUGGAGGAAGAAGAGGAGGAGCAAGAGGAGAGACGGGAGCCGCAGCCGGCGGCGGGCGGGCGGCGCGGCGCCCGCGGCUUCUUCGGGGAGCUGCGGGCCGAGCUGAGCGCCGCCGGCCCUGCCCCGCCGGCCCCCGCCGGCCCGCCCGCCGUGGAGGUGGUGGUGUUCCGCGGGAGGAAGAGGAAGGAGCGGCACGGCCCCUCGGCAGCCCCCGCCGGCCCAGCACAGACCCAAAUAGUGAAUGAAGAGAAAAAUGCAGUCAGACAAGAAUUUAACUUUGAAAAGGCUCGCCUGGAAGUGCACAAGUUUGGAAUCACUGGCUACAAGAAGCAGGAGCAACGUGUUUGGGAACAGGAGCGUGCUAUCAUGCUGGGAGCCAAGCCCCCCAAGAAGUCACAUAUGAACUACAGGACUUACCAAGAGAAACUGAAAGAGAAAAAAGCAGUGAAAGAUGCUGAUAAGGAAAAGGAACAUAAAGGUGAUUCUCUUAAGAAGAAGAAGCAGAAAGAACAGAAGGAGAGGAAGGCCAAGAGGAAGAAAUCAGUGCCUAGCAUUUGGCCUGCAGGACAAGUUGGAAAAUUUAGAAAUGGGACCUUGAUUCUGCAAAGCCGUGACAUAAAGAAAAUUAAAUCAUCUAAAGUUAGCAAAUGAACUUCAUGAUACAGAGUGAAAUGGACAAUAUGCAUAAGAGAAUUCACAUUGCUAGCAACACAGACUUCUGGGGCCUUUUGCCUGUCCACCAUAUUCUAAUUUUUUAAUCUUAUUUGUUAUUGCAGGAUUUUUAUAUACCAUUCUGCCUUGGGAUGGAUAUUAGAAUUUACUCUUUUAUAAAUAAAGAUUGGAGUUCUUAUUAAGAA